AUAGUUCAUUAGAUAUCACUGUUACAAUUGAACAGCCGAUAAAGAAGGGAUUUGCCGCUGACACGUCAUAUAGAAAAUGGGACAUAAAUUUAAAUUUUCUAUAGAUAGGGGUGGAACAUUCACAGAUGUUUGGUCUCAACUACCUAAUGGAAAAACUAGAGUUUUAAAGCUGCUCUCAGAGGAUCCCGAAAACUAUGCAGAUGCUCCAAGAGAAGCGAUAAGGCGAAUUAUGCAAGAUUAUAAUAAUAAACCAAUCGCUCAAAAUGAAAAGUUGGACGCAGCAAACAUUGAAUGGAUCCGAAUGGGAACAACAGUAGCAACCAAUGCCCUUCUCGAAAGAAAAGGUGAAAAAACAGCACUUGUUAUUACGAAAAACUUUAAAGAUCUAUUACAUAUUGGUAAUCAAUCAAGACCUUCGAUUUUCGAUUUACAAGUAAAAUGUCCGGAUGUUUUGUAUGAAGAAAUCAUCGAAAUUGAUGAACGAGUUGUUCUGCACCAGGACAACUCCUCGUUGUCGUACGAACAUAAAAUUGAAGUAUUAGAAAGUAAAACGGGAGAAAAAAUUGAAAUAUGGAAGAAAAUCGAUGAGGAUACCGUUCGAAAACAAUUAAUUAAAGUAAAAGAAAAGGGAAUUAAGAGCUUAGCUAUUCUGUUUCUGCACUCAUACAUGUUUCCCAAUCAUGAAGAGCAAGUUGGAAAAAUUGCUAAAGAUAUUGGCUUCGAGCAGGUUUCUCUAUCGAGUCAUGUAAUGCCAAUGAUCAGAGCUGUUCCAAGGGGUUAUACAGCCAGCGCUGACGCCUAUUUAACUCCACAUAUAAAAACUUAUAUUGAAAACUUCUCUAAUGGAUUUUUCAAUAUGGAAGACCAAACUAAAGUUCUUUUUAUGCAAUCUGACGGUGGAUUAACGCCCACGCACAAAUUUACUGGCUCAAGAGCCAUUUUAUCUGGUCCUGCUGGAGGGGUUGUAGGAUAUGCAAUGACAACUUAUAAUGAAGAAACUCGUCAGCCAGUAAUAGGUUUUGAUAUGGGGGGAACUUCUACUGACGUUAGUCGCUACUCCGGUUCUUUCGAACAUGUUUGGGAGUCGACAACGGCAGGUGUUACAAUACAAGCCCCACAAUUGGAUAUUAAUACCGUAGCUGCUGGUGGAGGAUCUAGACUAUUUUUUCGUUCGGAAAUGUAUGUGGUCGGUCCUGAAAGUGCCGGAGCUCACCCUGGACCCGUUUGUUAUAAAAAGGGAGGAUACUUAACUAUAACAGACGCCAAUCUCGUUCUAGGCCGCCUUUUACCUCAAUACUUUCCAAAGAUAUUUGGACCCAAUGAAAAUGAAAGUCUAGACAAAGAAUCUACCGUAAGGGCAUUCGAAUCGCUUAAGGAACAGAUUAAUAAUGAAACUGGAUCUCAUUUGACUAUAGAGGAAGUCGCUAUGGGUUUUCUGAGAGUAGCUAACGAAAGUAUGUGCAGACCAAUAAGAGCCAUUACACAGGCUAAAGGUCACGACACAGCCCGCCACAUUCUAGCGUGCUUUGGAGGAGCUGGUGGUCAACAUGCAUGUUCUAUCGCUAGGUCCUUAGGCAUUAAAACAGUUUACAUUCAUAAAUACGCUGGAAUUCUAUCGGCUUUCGGUCUAGCCUUAGCAGAUGUUGUUGAAGAGAUACAAGAACCUUGCGCUCUUCAUUUAAGUAGCGAUGUUUUCGACCAAGUCAAUAACCGAAUAGACGCCUUACAACAGCAGUGCAUUGCUAAAUUAAAAGAACAGAAAUUUAAACCGGAAGAUAUCGAGCUUGAGGUGUUCCUUAACCUUAGAUACGAUAGAACCGAUUGUUCGUUAAUGAUAUCUUGUGGAAAGAACACGAAAGGCACUGCCAGCCAUUAUGAAGAGAAAUUUACUGAGAAAUACAAACAAGAGUUCGGUUUUACUGUGGCUGGUAGAAAGAUUUGUAUAGAUGAUGUUAGAGUAAGAGGAGUAGGAAAAUCGGAUGUACUAGAUGAAACUCAACUUGAUUUAAAAGAUGAAGAAGCUGUUCCCAUUGAUGAAUGCCUUUGUUACUUUAACGGAUGGAGGAAAACAAAUGUAUAUACUUUACAAACACUAUUCGCUGGACAAAAGCUUUUUGGUCCAGCUAUUCUAAUUGACCAGACUAGUACAAUCAUUGUGGAACCCGAUUGCAUUGUACAAAUUACAACUACUGGUGACGUAAGAAUAGAUAUUGAACCUGAAAAGCUGCCAGCGAUCGUCAGCACUGAGUUAGACCCUAUUCAAUUAUCAAUAUUCAGCCAUAGGUUUAUGAGCAUUGCUGAACAAAUGGGCAGGGUCCUUCAAAGAACUUCUAUUUCAACUAAUAUUAAAGAAAGAUUAGAUUUUUCGUGCGCUCUUUUCGGAAUAAAUGGAGGAUUAGUUGCGAAUGCACCACACAUACCUGUUCAUCUUGGUGCAAUGCAAGAAACCGUACAAUUUCAAAUGAAGAAUGUUGGUUCUCAAUUAAAAGAUGGAGAUGUAAUAUUAAGUAAUCAUCCUUCGGCAGGCGGAUCUCAUCUACCGGAUUUGACUGUAAUUACUCCUGUGUUUUAUAAAAAUUCCAAAAAACCGGUAUUCUUCGUUGCAUCAAGGGGUCAUCACGCAGAUAUAGGCGGUUCAACCCCUGGUUCCAUGCCACCUAACAGCAAAAGUAUUUUUGAAGAGGGUGCAGUUUUUAAAUCUUUCUUUUUGGUAAGAGAUGGAAAAUUUAGAGAAGAAGAGGUUACCGAAGCAUUUAACGAACCUUCUAAGUACGAAAAAUGUUCAGGAACACGAAAUUUACACGACAAUCUUAGUGACCUAAGAGCACAAGUCGCCGCAAACCACAAAGGAAUUAAGCUCGUUUGCGAAUUAAUAGACGAAUAUUCUUUAGAAACGGUUGAAGCUUACAUGCAACAUAUACAAAAUAAUGCUGAAAUUGCAGUUAGAAAUAUGUUGAAGGAUAUCGCUGAAAGAUAUGCCGGCUCUUCGGAUAUUUGUACCUUGGAGGCUGAAGAUGCAAUGGAUUGCGGUGCUACAAUCAAAUUACGCGUUGAAAUUGAUAGACAUACAGGGUCGACAAUUGCAGACUUUACAGGGACUUCCCCGCAGUUAGAAAAUAACUUAAAUGCUCCAAGAGCUGUAACUCUUUCGGCACUUAUCUAUUGUUUGAGGUGCAUGGUAGGAUACGAUGUACCUUUGAAUCAGGGAUGUCUUAUUCCUAUAAAGCCAAUAAUACCUGUCAAUAGUCUUUUAGAUCCUAACGAACAUGCUGCUGUGGUGGGUGGUAACGUACUCACCUCUCAGAGGAUAGUCGACGUUAUUCUAAAAGCCUUCAGAUAUUGCAGUGCUUCUCAAGGCUGCAUGAACAACGUCACGUUUGGAGACGAGACAGUCGGCUAUUAUGAAACGGUCGCGGGGGGCGCUGGGGCAGGACCCGGAUGGCAUGGAAGAAGUGGUGUUCAUACCCAUAUGACAAAUACAAGAAUAACUGAUCCCGAAAUAGUCGAAAAGCGUUACCCAGUUAUAGUUAAAAGAUUUGAUCUCAGAAAAGAUAGCGGUGGUAUUGGCAAAUACAGAGGUGGAGAUGGGGUAGUUAGAGAGUUGCUGUUCAGGAAAGACUUGAUACUUUCCGUACUUUCUGAAAGAAGGACUUAUGCCCCUUACGGUUUGAACGGAGGGGGUGAUGGCGUUAAAGGAAGAAAUGUUAUAGUAAAAGCUAACGGCGACACUCGAGAAUAUCCUGGAAUGGUUUCUGCAGAAAUGAAACCAGGCGAUCUCUUUAGAUUACUAACCCCUGGUGGAGGAGGAUAUGGUAAACAGGAUUGCCAUAAUUAA